AUGAUGCUGGACUCAGUAAGCCACAAUACCUUCUUGCCAAACACAAUGCUAUGUGAAUCCCUGAUGUCUUGGUCAGAACUGUUUGGAGCACCUGAAGAAAACUACCCUCCAUUUGAUCACCUAACAGGUGGGUACAUUGGUGCUUCGUUAACAAGCACUCAACACAGUAACUGCCAGCUACUACUUUUACUUAAUAAUUUGAAUUGCACUGCAACCACAACAAAACAUCUUCUACCCAAAUAAAUAUGUCUUUCAGUGAUGUAAUAUUCUGUGUCUGACCGUCUUUUCAGAUACACUGCCCUUGUUCAUUUAUUGUGCAGAGACCUGGCUCACUGACAACUGUAUUGCAAAUAAAUAUUUGUUGCUUUCAUUCUUUACCUUUUUUAAUUGUAUAUGUAAGACAUUUCAGGUUCAGACCUUGAAAAUAGGUUUAUUUGCUUGACAGUCUGGUAGCUGAAAGGGCAGCUUACCAUGUAAAUCAUGCAAUCGAAGAGCUGAAAGGGAGAUGAUGAUUAUCUUGUUGAAGCCCUAAGCAAAGAAAUAUCAAUCUAUGCCUUAGAAAUCCACAAGAGAAGCCUGGCUAACCUUUCCUUGGGAACCUAGUAAGUAGCUGAUUCCACCAUCUCUUCAGGCAUCUUAGAGCAGAACUAGAGGUUCUGCCUGACUAGAUGCAGAACUACUGUCAGCUCAUUUCUCUUUGUUUGCUUUCCCUUGUAAAAUCUUACACAACACACUACUAGCUCAAUUAUUAUUCUUGCACAGAGGAAAGAACAGAUGUACUUAAUGUGACCUGCCCCUGUCAUUGCACUGCAACUUCUCAGAUGGAGAGGUUCAAGGAUCUCAAUCGCACAGGGAGCCUUCAUGAGUAGAGAAGGCUCCCCACCGUGGAAGUUACAACUGAAUUUCAGAGUAGCACAACAGUGGGGGCAGAGGAGAAAGCACAGCCUCUUAUCUGUCUCAUGACUGAACGGAGUUUAAUACGUGCUGUGCAUCUCCCAACUUAUACUCACAUCAUUGGCUAGUGAGAAGGGGGAGGCACACAGAAUUAUAACAUCUCAUGCAGUGUUGUACAAUACGCUAUAAAAAAAAUAUGAAAACAAAAGGGAAUUGGAUGAACAAUGGCACCUGCAUGCCAUAACAUCCAGGUCCAUUCUUAUUCCAAAAACUGAGCUGUUCCCAGAAGUAUUUCCCUAUGUUUUCACUAACUGUAUGUUUGUGCUAAGUUGCUCUGCUUACUGAAGGGCAAACUAGAUAAUACAUUUGCUUCAUAUCUGUGCCCUAAAAUUCAGGGUUCUUGUUGGGGGCUAUAGAAAUUUUUGGCAGGAUCUGGAUAAAGACCUUAGGCUGGGGAGUAGUGGGGCUCAACUCUUUACCAUGUGCUGUGGCCCUAUAAAGCCCACAUCAACAAUUUGCAUAGGGGGAAGGCUUCCUGUUCACAUACUCCUCUUCACUGGUUUCUUCUUUUGUACUAUUUCAAGCUUAACUUCAUCGUCUUCUGACUUUUAAGCCUCUUGGUGUCCUUCCUCACUUGUGUCUAUCUUCAUGGUUUCUCCUUUAUUUUCCUCUUGUUCUCUUAACACAUCCUUUUAUUUCAUUAAAAUGCCAUUCCCUUAUGCUCUCAGUGGCAGACCUUGGUUUCUAAAAUUUUAGCAGCACCCUGUGUGCCAACAUUCGGUGAGCCUUCCAUUCUACAGCAUAGUUGUGGAGCCCCUGAGGCUCCCAGUGCAACCAAACUCGUGUUCCCCUAAAUCUGCCUCUGGUACUCUUCUCAUCUUUGUGUUUCCUCUGCUUUUUGCAUGACUUCUUACAUGCAAUUCUUGCCUCUUGGCUAUUUCACAUAUAUUUGCUUCUCAGAAAAUUAUUUUUUAAAUCUCAUUUCCCGUCUCAUGGUUUUGAUCCUUUUUUAUUCCUUAAUCUUCAUGUUAGCUACUGAACAAAAAAAAAAAAAUUCCAUUCUCAUUUUAACUUCACUAAGGUUUCUUCUUCUGUAAACUUGUUUUUCCUUUUAGUUUCUGUUUAAAUUAUGAGCUCUGUGUACAGCAUAUGUAUAGUGCCACAUAAACUUUAGGCCCCUUUUUACAAACAUUAUGUUGUAAUGCAUCAUUUGCAAAUAUGAAAUGAUGAUGUCAGGAAACUAAGAUUGACAAUAGCCAAUCUCUGCUGAGUUCGUCAUGAUAAACAAAUUGGCCAGGUCAGAAUUAAAGACUAUGCACAAGUCCAGGAGCUGAGGAUGAGAAUGUGCAAGUUUCUGUUCUUGUUUGCUUCAGCAGGGCCUUGUAGACAACUGGACUGCUUUUGCAAGAGAAGAAAGAGGGUGAAGUAAGUUCACUUCCUGUUUCUUCAGAAAUCCUGAUUGGCUGGAAGGAUCAGCCUGAUGUUCUGUCCCCAUGUGCAGCUAGACCAGCCAACGCCUGCACAUAACUCUCUCACAUAGCUCCCUGUUGCUUGGGAAAGGUUGUACAGAGCCAAGCUGCAAUGACUAAUGAAAAAGCAAUAUACAAUGGUACCUUGUUUUGAGUCCGGGAUCCGUUCUGGAGCCCCGGAUGCUCGAUGAAAGGGACGCUUGACAAAGCACUGCUCUGUGCACGCACGUGUUUUGCACUUCUGCGCAUACGUGAGGCACAAGUUAGCGCUUCUGUGCAUGCAGCAAACCUGAAAGUAACCUGUUCCGGUACUUCCGGGUUUGCCACGGAUGUUCCACGAAAUGGACGCUAAAUGGGCCGGACUCACAACGAGGUACUACUGUACCAAGUGCCGUAGAAGUGUUCCUUAUGCGAAGCUGACCUGAUGAAUUGUUUGGCUAUAUGUAGUCUUAGGUUCCUUCCAGAUAUCGUUUUUACUGCACAUUCAUGAUUUUUGAGCUCAUGAUGCUAUCAGGGCAGUCACACACAAUCCGACUUUCAAUACUAUUUGUGCCUGCAAAACUUUUUGGCAGCUAUACUGCUUUAUUUCCAGUCAGUGCAUAUUUUGUAACUUCCAGCUGCAAUCCCAUACCCACCAAGUGUCCCGGAAAAAACAGGACAUCCCAUUUUUUUCUCAUGAGAUCAUGGUGGCCAUUUUGGAUGCUGCACUCUUUUGCCACGUUCACACUUUUUUUAAAAAAAAACAAAACACUUUUUCAGGGACACACACACCAACAGCAAUAAUGUAGUAGCAUUGGGAAAGCAUCGCAGAACAACUAAUGUAAUAGAAUAAAUCCAGAAAUUAGAUGAACACCAGUCAUCUAUAAAAGAGGCUGGAUCUUGUCACUUAUUGCAGAUAUGAAUUUGUUUUGUUAGGACAAUAUUUAUCUAUACCAUUGUUCUGUUGUAGGAGGAUCCAGACUCUUAUACUGGAGUGUUAUUUAUAUUAUUUAUGCUAGUAAAAGAAAGACAGUCUAUGACUUGUGCACUGUGUCCUGAAGUUCCUUUCUGAAAAUACUUAAUAGCACCAUUUUAGCUGUAGGUAUAAAAUUACAGUGCAUAAAUUUAUUAAUUUCACCAAAUGCAUUCAAAACUUGAUAGUGGCUUUGAAUUCUCACCAGAUAAUUUUAAAAAUCCAAUUCAGUAAUGCAACAAGGUUCUUCAUAGAGACCCAUUCCCCAGUGGCAGAAAUAGUAAAUAAAACCUCAAGCAAUAGCACUCUCCUGCCGUUGCUCUCAUUCAGAAUUUUACAUUAUGCUAUCUUGGUAUUCUACAUUUUGUGUUGCAUGCCCAUGAUUCCACACACACUCUUGAAGUCACUAUUGCUAUCCAUUCUUGCCCAACUGCACAAGUAGGUGAUAUGGUUUCUUCCCUCAAAAAUAUUAACGUGCAAAAGAAUAUGAAAAUAAAUGAGAAGACACUAGAUUUAAAGUUGCCGUAUUUGGCAGACUGAUUAAAUACAUAAUCACCUCUACAGAAUGUUUUCUGACUUCAAAAAAAUCAUCUGAGCUUUUUAGAAGUGAAAGUAAUCAAGAAGACUAAACUAGACCUGGCAAGAAUCAUUCAUGAAAGAAAGGAACAUGCCUUAGCAUUUUUAUUACUAGCAAAGCUGAUAUUUAUCUCCAUCAAGUCAAUCCAUCAAGUUUUAGAAACAAUCACCAAAGCAAUCACCAAAACAAUCACACUGUAGAGAAUAUAGAGAGAAAUGCAUUUUAUAUAGAGAGAAAAGUCCAUUUCAUAGCAAUGAAACAGGAAUCAUAAUUCAUAACACAUUUAUCAUAAAAAAACAGAUUUCCUGUUAAAAUCAAUUUCCUGCUAAAGCUAGGUCCAAUUGGAUUAAUAAAUAUUUAUAAGCAUACAUGUUGCCUGCCUUGAUCAGACAAUCUAGUCUGAUAGUUUGUCUCCAAUACUGAUUGGCUAGAGCUCUUUUCAGAUGUUAUAAAAUGCCUGGAUAAAGAAUAAUCAGUGAGUGAAUAAGGGAGCUGGAUUGUGAAUUUCUGCAUAAACUCUGUGCCUAAAUUGUCAUUUUUGUCUCAGUUUUGCCUUAUUCCAUCCCACUGUCUUCCCAUUUCUAUGCCCCAUAAUACAUUGUGCAACGCUGCUCAUGUAGCUAUUGCCAGUCCCCCCAAAUGUUACCAGCUUAGGAACAGAAAUUCUCCUCCUGCACAAGUGUAGGGUUGCCAUAUUUCAAGAAGUAAAAAUCCAGACACAGUUGCUCAGCUUUUGGGGACGAUUGUUCAAAAAGUUGUUGAGCACUUCCAAUGGGGAGCAGACAAAGUCCUGGAUAUUUCGAUUUACCCGGGCACCAAUUUAGCCGCCGCCACCAGAACAUUACAAGAAUUUCCCAGUUUAUAAGGCAACCUAUUCAAGUGUGAUACACCGUUAUCUGUUUAUGAUAAUAGGACAUUGCCACAGAUUGUGAUCCUUGCACAAAGAUAUUGGAACUAACCCUAACCAAUAUUUGUUAACACAGUGUUUCCAUUUAAACUUUUGAUGUCUAAAAUAAACCAUCCACAGUUUAAAUGUACUGGUUUUUUCCCUUCAUUGCACUGUGGCAGGUUCUGAUUCUUCGUGGACAUCUGUUUACCCCGAAUACUGGACGAGAAACAACGUAUGCGAGUGGCUACAAUUUUGUUGUGAUCAGUACAAACUGGAUGCCAACUGUAUUUCAUUUUCCCACUUUAACAUCAAUGGCCAACAACUGUGUGGCAUGACCCAAGAGGAGUUUCUAAAUGCUGCAGGCAUUUGUGGUGAAUACCUGUAUUUCAUCCUACAAAACAUCAAGGCUCAUGGUCAGUGUGCCAAAGAUUUAAUCGGUGUAUGAUUGUUUCAUUCUGACUGUGACUGAUAAUAUUUGCACAAGGCAUUGAACUGACAUCCACAGAGAUUUAUACGUUGCACUGAACCACACUUUGGUCUGGGCAUGUAUGUAAAUGCACUCAGUGUGGGGAAAACAAGAAUAAAACAAGGUGGAAAGUGAAUUUUACACAAGAAUAAAUCUUUUUACAAAAUCAUAUCUUGUGCUGUAGGCAGGUAGACAAGAUUGGGACAGGGGAACAAGGACGUGGAAAUUAAAAAGGGAAUAUACAAGGGAAACUAGGUUUUUGGUGAAGUGUAAUGGAGGAGUCUGAAAUGCUACAACAGUAGAACAGUAUUGUAGUUUUAAGAGUUUGUUUUGGACCAGGGAUUGGGGUUUUUUAAUGCAGUGUAUGUACCGAAAGUCUCAAUACAGACAUUAAUUAUUAAAAACUUUUAUGGUUUUCUCUAUAGGUGUCUCCUUCUUUCAUGACAAUGAAGAUACAAAGUCGUCUGAAAAAGAUUGUAAGUAAACUUUUUUAAAGUGUGUGUUUUUCUAGAUAAGAGUGAAAGCUCAUAGCUAAAAGCCGUAACUGCAGCUUCAAUAUACAGCAGUCCACAGGGACCAGACCUCGCAGGGUGACCACUGGAGAGACAAACCUGGUCCCAUGAAAUUUAACAUCUCGUGUUUGAAAGCUCAAUGCUCUUUCCAAUGUUCUUUAGAACCUAUGUGAAUGAAACCACUGGGAAUUUUGAAGUUGGGUGUGACCACUGUACUUAUGACACCCAGCUCUAUGUCUCAUGAGCUGUGAUCAAAUGGAUUUGGACACAUAGACUGAAACUGAAUCCAGGAAAGUUGGAGGUGAUACUGUCCUGGAGGGUGAAAUAUGGCAGCAAUUGAAGAGCCUAGUUAUUAUUAAUAUUUAUUAAAUUUCUAUACCACUCUUCAUCCGUGGUUCACAGAUGCUUUACAAUAAAAAACCCACAAAAAUACAUAACAAAUGAAAACAAUAAUCCCACACACAUAUUGUUUAAAAUACCAUAGAUUGAUAAGCAAGUUUUGUGGUACAUAGAACAACACUCUGGCAAUUAAAUCCUUUGUGCAGGAAAAAGGUAAAAAGUAAAGGACCACUGGACGGUUAAGUCCAGUCAAAGGUGACUAUGGGGUUGUGGCACUCAUCUCGCUUUCAGGCCAAGGGAGCUAGCGUUUGUCCACAUACAGCUUUCCAGGUCAUGUGGCCAGCAUGACUAAACCGCUUCUGGCACAACCGCUUCGGGCUGGCGGAAGUGGCCAAGGAGUGGGCCAGGGAAUACCGUGAUGGAAGCCAGAGCGCACGGAAACGUCAUUUACCUUCCCGCCACAACGAUACCUAUUUAUCUACUUGCACUGGUGUGCUUUCAAACUGCUAGGUUGGCAGGAGCUGGGACAGAGCAAUGGGAACUCACUCCAUCAUGGGGAUUUGAACCUAUGACCUUCUGAUAGGAUAGGAACUUUGCCCACAAUGACUGAAAUUUCCAAGUUGACUACUGUAAUGUGUUUUAUAUGGGGCUUUUUUAAGACUAAAAAAGUAUCAGUUGCUGCAAAAUUGCUGCAGUCUGUCUCCUGUUAAAUGUCCAGAGAAGGGAACAUGUGCAGCCUUGGUUAUGCCAACUGUACAGUUUACUGGAGCACUUAUUCCAGGUCCAACUCAAGUUGUUUGUUUAUGCCUAUGAAAGUUUACACAGUCUGGGAUCCGUGGUCUCAGAGACCAUAGGCCAAACUUAGAUAUGACAUUAAAACACGUCUUUGUAUUAACAUACACUUUAAAUGAAAUUGCUCCUCCUAUUGAAGAAAGAAGAUCCAAUGUAUUUUUUUAUCAGAAAUGCAGCAAGGGAGGAAAGGGUUUUAAAAACCAAUACUACAAUGCUGCUAAUAUCCCUAUUUGUAUGGCUGAUGUUUGCUUUCCUCUUCCUCUUCCUCUUCCUCUUCCUCUUCCUCUUCCCCUCCUCCUCCUCCUCCUCCUCCAUCUUAUGCCCACAUAAAAUGCAACAACAACAAAAAAGAGCAUUUAUCACAAUGGCUAGUUUGGUACUUGAUCUUCCUGCCAUCUUUGUUCAUCAAAUAAGCCCUGCAUUAGUUUGCAUAUAUUUGUGCUCUGUGAAAUCUGACACUGGAAACAGAGCCCUUGCAGCAUGGUCCUGAGGCUAUGGAACAAUUCUUUCUGGAACUGAGCAAUGUUUGAUACCCCUUUUGGUCAAGCUUUUGGGGAUUUCUGCCUAGACCAAUUUUUUGAUUGCCUCAAGCAUUUCUAGUUAUUUUGUUCGGUUUUUAUUUAUUUUUGAAGUUUCCUCUCUUUUUUUGCUCUUUUUCUUUGUUGCAAGCCACUUUGGACAGAUUUUGGAAAUGCUAUUAAAUAAAUAAAUGGGACAUGACCAAAGACCUGUGUAAAUAUAAGAUCAUAUUUUGUGGUUCUCGGUUGUGCAAGUCUCUUAGAAACCAGACACAUAGGUUUACACUGUGCUUUUCCAAGCAUUUGCAAAAAACACCAGCACUUGCAAAAAAAGGAAAAUCUGCAUCAACACUAAGAUCGGUCUAAAGAGCAGCACAGAGGUACCAAUGUCCAAUAAUGAACUUUGACACUGCCUACAAACUCCAUAACUAUGGCCUUCAGAUUAUACUGUAGGUAGAAGCACUAUUUACAUAGAGAUACAAUCAGGACACACUGUGUUUCCAAAUAACCAUGUUUUCAGAUAAUUGAAAUCUGGCCACUGGUAUCUUAUGUACUUCUCUGUCUUUUUCGGCUGCCAGUUUAGCUAACUGUCCAGCUUCUGGUUAAUAAUUCAUUUUGCUUUAUCUUUAUGUUAAAGUUGGGUUUUUAUGUUAAGAUAAAUCACAGACCCAUGUUGGUUUAGUAUUGCAUGGAAUGUUAUUAGAUGAACACUUUGACCUCUUUAAGUCACAUUGUCAUCUGACCCUGAAAUUCAUCCAUAUUUAUUUAUGUCCAUGCUUUUUUAAAAAAUCUUUUCCAGAUAUUGAUAAGGCAUGUUUGAGGACAGGUGGCAUCAAGAGCCAAGAGUUUCAAAGUCACAGCAGAACAAGUAGGUAUACCUCUGCCAUCUAUAGGCUUUGAAAUGUCAUAGAAAACGUCACUGUUUGCAGUACAUCUCCAAAUAACCUUGUAGUCUGUAUGAACAGUGCUUGUUUUCGUUUUAAUGUUUAUUCCAGUUCUCAUAUAUAAGCAAUAGUUAUCUACUGCAAUGCUUGCAGCAUCACACAGCCACCAGGUGGCACUCCUAGUAUCCAAGAGACAAACACCUUUUCAGGUUCCUCCUGGAGAAUAAAUUCAAAAAGCAGGUGUUGUAAGCCUUGAAGGUCCAAAGAUGAAGAAGCAGCCGUGUCUAACUAGGCUUUUCCUGUUUUUUACUAGCAGUUUCGAGACACAACAGCUACAAAAUCACUGCAGCCCAGUUUGGGCAAAGCUCCAUACGUUUACUUAUUCCUGUCACAAGGGAAUUCUCUCAUACCCUAUAAAAAAAUUUGGCAACUCUACAUUUAGUCGGGAGAAAAGAAGCAGAGGAAGGGGUGGAGCAGCUGAGAAGGCACAAGCCUGAGAAUAAAGAAAUAAGAGAGUCAGAGGAUGGUUUGGAAGAAUGCUGAACAAACAAGAAUGAAUAAAAACAGGAUAUGAAUAGCAUCCAAAGGAUCUGUGGAAGAAUUGGUUUGGAAGCUAUCAGCUGUGGCAUGUGUGGCAGGGUGGAGCUGUGGAGCCACCCUCCUGGCGCUGGCAUAGCUGCUGUUUACCUGGAUGGGGUGAAGCAGGGCAGCAGCAAGGGUGGGGCCAUCAGUGCACCUUGAUGGUCCUGCCCCAUCCUGGCAAGCAGGAGAGGCAGCAGUAUCAGCAAAGCAGCUCCGCCCAACCACGCCAGUUGCUACUAGUUAGUAGGAGUGGAGGCAUUUGGUCAUGUGCAUAAAAUAUAUGAAUAGCUCUAAAGUGGAAAUGGUGAUUAUAUCAGUUUUCUGUGUGCAUGAAUAGCAUGCAAAGAAGGCUGUGCUGACUAGGGCAAAGUCGCUCAGUAAGUUUCAUAGCUGAGGGAGACUUGAGCUUGGUUCUCACAAGUCUGUCACAGGCAUAUAUCCCUUUACUGCUUUUUUAAAAAAAGAUCUAUUUAUUUGAAAUUGUUGAAUGAGCUGUAAUAUAUAUAUAUAUAUAUAUAUAUAUAUAUAUAUAUAUAUAUAUAUGAUUUUUUUUAUUAAAAAACCCCAGCUCUUAUUAUUUGAUCUGAUUUUGCAAUUUAGUCUCAAAUAUAGCAGAGCAAAACCUGAGUUUAUUAUGUAUGCAUACAGACUCUUCUUAGUAAAAUCUGAAGUGGGGCCAUUGCAUUUCAAGUUCAGAUUUGGGGAAGAGAAGAGAUUCAGUAGAAAUUAUCAGCAUUAGCUUCCUGCAGCUGUAAACCUCCUUGAACUCAAGAGAUGAUGACUCAAGCACACUCAUAGUUCAUUCAUUUCCUUAAAUUGUUUCUUCUCCAGCUUCAUGGGGAUAAGGAGUUCAACAGUUAAUUUCAAUAGAAGUGUCAACACUCAAGCACAGCUGGGUAUCAACCCAUAAGCAAUGAGUACAUUGUAUAUACUGUAUGUAUGUACCAUAUUUAUGCAAAUCUAAUGUGCCAUCGAAUCUAAUGCACACCUCAAUUUUCAAAACCUUGAAAACAAAAAAGUAUUUGCUGGCACCAUCAAAUCUAAUGCACAUCCUAAUUUUUGUGAGGUCAUUUGUCCAAAAUGGUGCACAUUCCAUUCAAGUAAAUAUGGUAUAUAUAGUGAUAGAUAAAUGAGAUGAAUCAAUAUUAAUACCAACAGCUGUGUUGCAAAAAUGAGGGUACUGAGAAAUGAAAAGGAGGCAUCAGCAUGGUUAGUAGCAAUGAAGGUUUGAAAAGUGAGGGAAAAUAUUUAGGGGAAAAUAUCUAAGGGGUCUUUAUUGGUGGAGUUUUCUUGGCAGGGAUACUGGAGUAGCUUGCCAGUUCCUGCUCCAGGUGGAUCAUGUUUGGUCAAAACUCUCCACUAUGACCUGUCCGUCUUGGGUGGCCCUGCACAGCAUAGCUCAUAGCUUCUCUGAGUUAUUCAAGCCCCUUCACCACAACAAGGCAGUGAUCCAUGAAGGAUCAUGGGCUCCAUGAACAUUUCAGAUGGUGACAGUAGUCACAAAAUUAAAAGACGCCUGCUUCUUGGGAGAAAAGCAAUGACAAACCUAGACAGCAUCUUAAAAAGCAGAGACAUCACCUUGCCGACAAAGGUCCAUAUAGUUAAAGCUAUGGUUUUCCCAGUAGUGAUGUAUGGAAGUGAGAGCUGGACCAUAUAGAAGGCUGAUCGCCGAAGAAUUGAUGCUUUUCACUUAUGGUGCUGGAGGAAACUCUUGAGAGUCCCAUGGACUGCAAGAAGAUCAAACCUAUCCAUUCUUAAGGAAAUCAGCCCUGAGUGCUCACUGGAAGGACAGAUCGUGAAGCUGAGGCUCCAAUACUUUGGCCACCUCGUGAGAAGAGAAGACUCCCUAGAAAAGACCCUGAUGUUGGGAAAGAUUGAGGGCACAAGGAGAAGGGGUCGACAGAAAACGAGAUGGUUGGAUAGUGUUCUUGAAGCUAUGAACAUGUGUUUGACCAAGCUGUGGGAGGCAGUGGAAGACAGGCGUGCCUGGCAUGCUCUGGUCCAUGGGGUCACAAAGAGUCAGACACGACUGAACGACUAAACAAUAACAUCUAAGGGGGUAAAAAUAUUCAGAAAUAGCCCAGUGGUGACUGAGAAUGCCCAGAGGCCAUGGAAUUCUGAAUGUUCAUAUGUGGGGGAGGAGGGCUUGCAGGAGAAAAUAUUACAAAAACCAAGAGGAAACAAAGUGAAUGUAUUAUCCUGAAAGUAUGUGAUGGCUGGAACACUAAACAGAAGCACUCCACAUUUGUUACAGGUCCCAGUUGUCACUGCUGAUAUUUGAGAACCGAUUGUGGCUUCUACACAGUAGUGAGGAAACAGCAUUUUGCAUGUGCUCAGUGGCAUUAUUACCAUUUAGUCUUCAGAAGUCCCUAGCAUGAUUCCUAAAGGGGUCUAGUCAAAUGCUGUUUAGCACUAUCUCCAGCCAAGCAUGGUUAUUUUUGUAAUGGCCCAUGUCAGCUUGCUCUACAGAUUUGCAGUGUAGUGUGCCACUCCCCUUCCCUGCAUCAUAGUCCUCCUACCCAAAACCCUGACAGCCUUGCUUCUGAAAUGAGUUUUUACUAGUAAAAACUAUGUGCUGCUUUUAAUUCUUGAAGGUCUACAGAGCUCUCACUUGUGGGAAUUUGUAAGAGACCUCCUCCUGUCUCCUGAGGAGAACAGUGGUAUUCUGGAAUGGGAAGACAGAGACCAAGGCAUCUUUCGAGUUGUUAAAUCAGAUGCUCUAGCAAAGAUGUGGGGGCAAAGAAAGAAAAACGAUAGAAUGACCUAUGAAAAACUAAGCAGAGCACUCAGGUAAGCUAUUUAUUUAAUCGGUAUUAUAUAAGACAGCUGAUUUCACAGUUCCAAAGAUUUUUUAUUUUUUUUAUGCUGUAUAAUGCAAAGGUCAUGAGACACAGCUAUGGCUCUUUUGAUUAGAGAUAGGAUCAUGUUGCCAAAUCUGUGAGUAGAAUAAAUGAGGAUAAUGAGACAUUAGUCAACAGAUCAUUUGCCAACCUCCCCAAUGAAUAUCCCGCUUAAUACUGUUACCUUACCAUUUCCCUUGGCAACAAUCCUAGAAUUUGACUCUGAACUGUUUUCUUAGGAAAACAAAUGUAAUGCCCAGUGUUUCAAAAGGAGGGAGUUGAACUUCAAGGUGUCUGGGAAAGUGUUGAACUCUGAGCAGUUUAACUGUGCUGUAUGUGUGCAAGUUCCCGUUUGCCAGAAGACUAGAGUGGUCUCUCAGAAAGAAUGUCUUAUUGACUGCUGCUGUUUUACACACUAGCAUAGUAAAACAUUUAACAUAGUACUGUAUGUUAAAGCUGUUUCUAAGUCCAACUUCAAUUUUGUUGUUGCAGAUACUAUUAUAAAACUGGUAUUUUGGAACGAGUGGACAGGAGGUUAGUGUACAAGUUUGGAAAGAACGCACAUGGAUGGCAAGAGAGCAAGCUAUGAAAUACCCUUUUGCUUCAGACUCACUGUCAAAUAUGCAACAUGAAGUCACCAAGGGAAGCUCUUUGCAGGACCUCUCAAGAUUCAUAACUGGAUAAAAUAGCAACAAUAGACUUUGAGGAUUGUAUUGGGGAAUUCACUGUUCUCCAUAUUUUUUGGACUAGCAUCAUCAAAUGCUUGACACUUAUCAAAAUAACACCCAAAAACUGCUCUGUAGUCUUAUACCAUAGUCUGGGGCUAUAUAUGUAGCAUUGUUCCCAAUGCCAAGAAGAGCAACAGUUUGCCAGUCAGGGCUCCCCAGAGCAUCUUCUAAACUGUGCAGGAAUUUGUAACUCACACUUUAUGUAGUGAGAUCAAUGAGGGAGCAAGAAAGUAGAAAGCCUGCAGCAAAUGCAGUUACACCAGAAAAUGUGAAGAAGGGACACCAUAUUUCCAACCUAUCCAAGUCAAUAAGAAAGUACGAUGAACUUAGCUAUACAUCAGAUUCCCUCACUGAAUCCACAGUUCUGUCACUUUAAAAAAGCCAAACCCAUAGAUUUCAAAAGAACACAUGCUUGAAAACUAAUUUCAAAAUGAGCCCAUAUAUUUAUCAAUUUUUAUUGCCUCCCCCGUUUCUGGUGCUUCCAUCACUGUAUGCACUUUAGUGCAAAUAGUUAUCACUUGUUUAUACUCUGUUAGUGGGUUGGUUGGUUAUAGUAAGUCAAAUACUAUCUGACUGCAUAUUGUCCUACAUUCGUUUUUAUGGAGUGGAGUAUAUUGAGCAUGGGGACGGCAGAAUAUAAAUAUUUUAAAUAAAUUAAAUAAAAAAAUAAUAUGAGGG